CACAUGAUUGUUAUGGAGAACGACACUUUAGCAAUCCCUAACAUGUCAGAUUCCUCCUCUGAGAUGAGUCAAAACACUUCCCAGGAGAAUGAUUUCACACCAUCAAAGCUCGGGACCAAAGAUUACUGGGAUCAAGCUUAUCAGAGGGAGCUAGAGACAUUUAAAGACAUUGGAGAUGUCGGUGAGAUUUGGUUUGGUGAAGAGAGCAUGGAUCGAGUGAUCAGAUGGAUUGAAACACAAAAUCUGCCCGAUGACAUUUCUAUAUUAGACAUAGGAACAGGGAAUGGAAUGUUCCUUGUAGAACUGGCCAAACAGGGAUUCACAAAGCUCACUGGUGUAGACUACUCUUCUGCUUCUGUAGAGCUGGCAAAGGGGGUGCUGAGGGAAGAGGGAUUUACUGAAGUAAACAUUGUGGAGAUGGAUUUCCUCAACCCUCCGUCCGGCCUGACUUCUUUCGACAUGUGCAUGGACAAGGGCACGUUCGACGCCAUCAGCCUGAACCCGGCGGACGGGCAGCAGGGCAAGGCGCAGUACGUGGCCUCCCUGAGACGGCUUCUGAGGCCCCAGGGCCUCUUUAUCAUCACUUCCUGUAACUGGACCAAGGAGCAGCUGCUGCAGAUCUUCAGCCCAGGAUUUGAGCUGGUGAAGGAGCUCCCAACUCCUCGCUUUCAGUUCGGCGGGGUGACGGGGAACAGCGUGACGGCCCUAGUCUUCAGGCAUCAGGCCUAAGUGUGUCGGCCGGACUGAUGGACUCAAUGAGAGUCCAAUGUUUUUUCAGUGUUUUUUUUUUCUUUCUUUUUUUAAAUCGCCUCAAUAAGAACAACAACAAGAACAACAACAAAGCAGUCUACAAAAGGACAAACUAAAGACGUCUGGAAGGAAAACAAUCUUCUAUAUCGUAAAACAUCACAAGACUGCACACAUGGAUUCUUUAUGUGCCUCACUGAAGGAUGUAAUGGCACAUGUUGUGUGUGUGUGUGCAAACAGAGCUGUGAAAGGAAACUAGGUCCUCACUGAGCCGUUGAACCUUUGCAUGGCCUCCUAAUGGCCUUGUAAACUGGGAAUUUACCAGCAGACUGAGUGGCUGUUUAACUGUUAUUAUGGAGACUGACUUUGCAUACUAACUCCAUAUAUCAGACUCACUGUGUGUCAAAACUUAUGUAUGUGUGUGUGUGUCCUUACAUGUGUGUGAAUGGCUGUGCAAGCCAGUGAGCGUGUAUUUGUAUGUACAGUAUGAGAGUGGUGAGUUCUAGAACAUUGUAGUUUAAUUUCUUUCCUGGAAUCCUCUCAGUUUGUUCUACCGUUCUCAUUACUCUAGUUCCCCUUCUGUAAGUUCUGCGCAUUGGUACAUUGUUUAGUACCAUUUGUAAUAUGGAACAUCUGUCUUUUGGAGGAUGAGCUUGAGGAGUCAAAUUUGUCAUAUACUUGCACAAAAUCCACCAUUGUACGACUAGAAUCUAUUUUGUUGCACAUCAGGAACAGAAUAGAAUAGAAACACUAGUUUGUUUAUACAUAGUGUCCAAAAGGCACAGCAGAGGGGGGUAUUUCUCAGCUUAUUUGAAUACUAAGUCAUAAAAAACUUUGUUUUGAUGAUGAAUGAACCUCUGUUGAUGCGAGCGAGUGACAUGCAACACAAAGAACAGGAUAGCACUCCUAAUUGACCUUUUAACCGCCACAAUCAAUUGUUGAGCACGUUGUAUAUGUAAUGAUAAACACUGUGGCUCAAGGUGAUGAGAGAGUGAGGAAAACAUCUGAGUUGUGUGUUGAUCAUGUUAGUGUUGAACUAGGCUGGCAGAAACAAACAGUUUCACUUUGUUAACAAUAGCAAGCUUGGCCAUGCUGACAUUCAUCAUCCUUUUGUAAUGUAUUCAGUGGACAUGUAUGAGUGUACUGAGUAAAACAAAUCCAUUUUGUAAAUCAAUGUCAUCAUUUACUCCACUCUGAAGAAGAGCUAUAUUUGGGUAU